AUGUAUAGCAAUAAUAAUAGUAGCAUCAAUAGUAGUAGUAGUAGCAGUAGUGGCACAAACAAGGAUAUUCAAAGGCCAAGUCCAACACAACAAAGACUAAACAACAGUAACAAGAUCAACAGUAACAGCAACAGUAACAGCAAUAAUAAGAAUAAGAUGUCAAUCUAUGAUGAUGAGGUUUGGGGAGACCCAUACUCAAAGACUUCAACUUUGGAGACGACAAUGAAUAAUGUAGCAGCAGGAGGUUCGACAUCAGACCUGACAAAUACAAGCAGCAGCAAUAAUAUGGCACCAUCAAUGUCAAUGUCACCGGCCAACUUGUUCACAUUCGUCAACCCAGCAUUCUCACUCGACUCUUUGAAGCAGACAGCACUCACCGAGCCCUAUCCAGUGUCGCGCACCAAGAAGGCCGUCAUUGGCUCACUGCUCAUCCUCACGCCCGUGAUCAUAUACAUCGUCGCCAUCACAUCAUUUGGCGCAGCCUUCAACUAUCCCUUCUUCCUCAUCGUCGCACCCUCACUCCUGGUCUUCCUGCCCACUCUUGCGAUGGCCUACAAGAAGCGUGGCGCACUCCCAGGUGUGCGCGCCAAGAAGGUGGUCAUUCUGGUCAGCUUCGUCUUUGCGCUGUUCACCUUCUUCGUGCCGGUCUACCUGGCCUGCAUACUCAGCCCACUGUACAACAUGAAGACGGUCCAGAAUGAAACCAGCGAGUACUACCAUCCAUCGUCGUGGCUGCUCGCCCUGCCCAUCGCCUAUCUGCACAUCUGUGUCUUUAUCCAGCUCGUGUCACUCUCGCAGUGCACUCUACGCGGACACAUCUUCCGCUGGGUGAUCACCUAUCCAGCGUCCGUGUUCUUCACAGGCGUCUUGCUGUCUGUUCCAUUCAUGUUCAUCGCCCCACUGCUACCCGCGGUGAUGUCAAUGAUCCUGAUGCUCAUCUGCCUGACUGUGGCCUGCACUGGUCUCUACUACACAACAUUGACGCGUCAACCCAACAAAUGGUCCGUCAAAGAUAUCAUGGUGCGCAAGACAUUGGACGACGAGGAUGACCAACUACUCAGCAGACGAAGAGUUCAACGUGUUGGACACAGCUCACCAACAGACCAGGAGGUUGUAGACUACAAGCAACCACUAUCAAUCAUCCAGAUAGCCGACCCUCAUCUUGGACCAAUCAUGUCAGUGGAGAGACUCGAAGAGAUCUGUGAGCACACCGUUAAGCUUAACCCUGACUUGGUAUUCUUGACAGGUGACUUCUUCACCGCCGAGGUACUCCCACUCAACUCACUGGCGAGGGCAUUGGCUCCACUAAAGAAGUUGAGCGGCAAGACCUUUGCUUGUCUUGGUAACCAUGAUUACGAAGAAGGAUGUUUGGAAAUAUUGACAAAGGCACUUCAAUCGAUUGGAUGCCCUCUUUUGGUUGAUCAGUGCGUGUUGGCAGAGACUAGGAUCGGCAAGGUCCAGAUACUUGGCUUUGAUUAUCGCUCAAAGGCUCGCCAGGAACAUAUUCAACGCGUGUGCGAUGCCCAUCCACCCAUUGCCAACGUGCCACGCAUUGGUCUGCUGCACGAUCCCGGUGCAUUCAAGUUCAUACCUGCUGAUUAUGGAUUGAUGGUAUUCAGUGGACAUACUCAUGGUGGUCAGAUUGGCCUAACAUGCUUUGGCAUCAACCUCACCGUUGUUGGAUUAGUGACUGGAUCACCAGAUCACUCACUCUGGCAACAAGGAUACAACUACCUCUAUGUGCACACUGGUCAAGGCUGUCGAUCACUCAUGGGUGCAAUGAUUCUGCGAGUUGGUGUACCAACAGAGGACAGUCUACUACAGAUCUACUUUGAGAACUAA